AUGGUAUUUGUACGUCUAAAGCCUCCUAGGUUGACAACGCCUGAGUUCAUGCUUUGUCUGCAAGGAGGAAAGUUUGAUCAGCCAGAUCGAUUAUUCAACAGUGUUGCUGAAACAUGGGAUAAUGUACUAACGGGACAUGCAGACGUAAAAGAGCUUAUACCCGAGUUUUUUCAGUCGUCGGGUGAAUUCUUAAUCAACAGUCAGGGUCUUCCUCUUGGUGUAAAACAAGACAAAACAAAGGUUAUGGACGUCGAGCUUCCGCCUUACGCUAAAGGUAAUCUUGAUGUAGGGGUACCUUUAUUAAGUGAUGGGAGACCUUUGGGACCUUACUUGAUGUAG